GCCUGUCAAAAUGCUUUUUGUUUUAUAAAAAAUUCAGCUUUAGUUGUCAACAUGCGCAAUUCGAGCGAUAUUUUCUGCCUGAAAGAAGCCAAAGCAGGGGAGAACGAUGGUAGCAUGAUAUUCUCAGUAAACGGAGCUCGUUCAGUUCGUAUAAAUAGAAGAAGCAGCAAUCCAAUCGAUGGAUUCCAGUACGGUUCAAACUCUACGAAUGAGGGAGAAGCUUUCAGGAGUCGCAGCGAGAUCUUGAAGACGGACUCUGAAGAACUGAAUUCAGAUCUUUCCAAGAUACCACUAGAUGGUGAUGAGAUCCCAGAAUCUCCAAGAAGUGAUGACGAAGAUCUACACAUCGAACCGCAAACGUCCAAAUCAUCGAAUGAAGUCAAUACUUUUGUCAAAUUGGAGAAGACUGAUCCCAAAGGCAAUGCUUCGUCCAUCAAAAGGAAUAUCUUGACAGGAGCUGGCAUGGAGGUCAAGGAUAGCACUCCGAUGAAGAAGAAGAUCAAUAACACAUGGACAAGAUAAGGAAAAGUUGGGUGAUAUAUUUUAUAUUUGGAAUAUUUGUAGGGAAAUUUAUCUCCUAAUAAAGUUAUUCAAAUUUU